AUGCGCCUCAUCGCCCAUGCAAUCGUGCUGGCCCUGCUGGUGGUGCCGCUUCUCUGCAGCGUUGUCCAGGCGCGGGACGGUCUCCAGGACAUGGAAGUCGAUGAUGGCUUUGCGCCGCAGUGGUAUCCUAUAGAUGCAAUCUACAAGCGCCAGAGUAAUGUACCCAAUUGCGGUCGAACGUCGCACUCGUGCCUGGACGUGAAUGGUACCGAAACCAGUUGCGCCUUCGAUACCUAUGAGUGCAACGCCACGACGACAAGGACGACGGGCACGAUCACUUCAACGUCUACAUACUCGGCGUGCUGUCCAAGAGGAUGCUCUACCAGCUCCUUCCGAUGCCCACAGGAGAUGGGUAACGGCUGCUGCGCAUAUGGUGAAGUUUGCGCAACAUCGGCCUGCCUAAAGUUCCCGACUGCUGUGCCCAACGGCUUCCUCCCGCAGGCCACAACCGAAUGCUCCAGCAACCAAGUCUCAUGUCCCAGCUCCUUCGGAGGCGGCUGCUGCGAGCGCGGGCGGACAUGCACCGUCGUCGACAGCAGCGCCUUGUGCGGCGUUGCCCCGCCGAAUACCACUCCGACGAACGCGCCGAGACCGUCCCCCGAGCCUGCCGAGGGUGGAGGGGGCAUGAGCACGGCGGUCAGGGCGGGGAUAGCAGCCGGGGUCGUGAUCGGAGCCGCCGUAGUGAUCGGCGUCAUCACUUGGAUGUGCCUCCGCAAGCGUAGGCGUGGGACCACCGUCACGCAAACCAUGAGCCAGACCGCCACCAGCCGGCGCUCAGGGCGCAACUCGAUCCCGCUCAUGGUCGGCGGCGGCGGCCACGGGCAGCACAGCAUCACCGGCGCCGGGAGCGACCGCGGCGCCAUGUCGGUCUCGGCGUCCGAGGGCGGCGGUCGGGGCGUCGGGUCGACGGCUGACUACUUUGGCCCGGACGCCGUCGUCGGGCCGUACACGGACACAGACGUCGGCAGCCUCCAGACGCGACGGACCACGCCGGGUCUCGACAGAGGGGUUCCGCUCGACCCCAUGAGCCCCAGCCACAUCGUCGCGCCGGUCGAGCUAGAUCCAGACAGCAACCGCAGUAGAGCCCUGAGCGCCAGCAACCUGUCGGCCAUGUCCCCCGGGUCGAGACAGUCGUACCUGGACGCGAGGAGCCAGCUGCACCUCACGACGCCUCCCAUAGCCGAGUCUACUGAAGGCAGGUAUGAGCUGUACGGCUCUACGCAUGGGCCUGCCCAGCUUGGGCCCGAUGGACCUCAGCAAGAGACGCCGUACGAAGCCUACCUGACGCCACUGGAAACCCCGGGCAACUACAUGGGACAGGACCCGCUUGGGCAUCAACAAGGAGGUCAGAGACGAGACAAGGGUUGA